AUGGGUAUACAAAAUCAUUGCCGCUUCGAAAUUCCAUUCAUUUUCAAUGGAAAGACUGUUAUUCUGAAAGUAACGAAAUUCUCAACGUGUGAUGACGUCAUCCACAUGAUUCUUCAUAAAUUCGGACAGCCGAUUACAAAAGUCGCUUUAUACGCCAUGUACGAGAGAACUUUGUCUAUGGAGCGGCAAUUAUCUGGAAGAUCCUUGGUAUACAAAGUCUGGAGAUCUUGGGGCUGUGAGAGAAAACAUUUUCAGUUUCUUAUUAAAUGUAAAGAAACUAAACUACAAUUUAAGAGAAGUUUGAGCAGCACUUCAUCUGAAAAUGACAUUGAUGAACUUUUUCUAGAUCACUAUAAUAAGAAGGCACAAAUACUAAAGGAACAGGGAAAAUCGACGGCUGAUGUUAAUCACGUUAGCUUUAGCAGUGAAGAUCGAAAAACAACUGAAAAUACUAAGACGACAAAAGGACAGCCGUCUUCUUCCAAGAAUUCAGAGAGUGAGUCGGAUAACUCAUUUUCGGAUACAGAUUCUGAAGAUGAUUUGAGUUUUUAUGACACUGAACCUGAAUCCAUGAACAAAGCAUUUAUAAAGAGUUCGCGUGAUUCAGAUAGUGAUGAAGGUAUCGACGUCACAAGUGUAAACUCUAUAGAUCUGGAUACUGCUUUUAUCGAUAACAACAAAUGUACCAGUGCUCUUGAUAUUAUAUUUGGACGUAGAACCCGAGAUUGA